CAUGUGCUGUUCUGCUUUUGGGUUUAUGCUUCAUUCCAGAAUCUCCAAGAUGGAUGGCGAAAAUAGGAUCUCAAAAGGAGUUUGAAGCUGCAUUUCAGAAACUUCGUGGCAAGGAUGCAGAUAUAACCCAUGAGGCUGCUGAGAUUCAAGAUUACAUAGAAGAACUCGAAAAGAUGCCCAAAGCUAAUAUGUUUGACUUGUUUCAAAAGAGGUAUCUACGUUCUGUAACGGUAACUCUUGAGAUCCCUUGGGUCAAGUGGGAAGAUGGGUGGACAUGGGAAGUGAAGGCACAAUUGAUGGAAGCUGUUGAGUGGCCUCAAAAGCACCAGGAUGCAUUCGAGCGAAUUGGAACCUGCCCACCAACAGGAGUGUUGUUGUUUGGUCCCCUCUGGAUGCAGCAAAACGCUCAUGGCCCGUCCUGUAGCUUCUGAGGCAGGACUGAAUUUUCUGGCUGUCAAGUGUCCAGAGUUAUUCAGCAAGUGGGUUGAUGAAUCUGAGAAGGCUGUUAGAUCUCUUUUUGCCAAAGCAAGAGCUAACGCGCCAUCAGUUAUAUUUUUUGAUGAAAUAGACAAUCUUGUUGUCAUCCGUGGAAAGGAAAGUGAUGGUGUUUCAGUUGCAGAUAGGGUCAUGAGUCAACUUUUGGUUGAAUUGGAUGGUCUACAUGGAAGAGUUAAUGUUACUGUUAUUGCUGCUACAAAUCGUCCUGACAAGAUUGAUCCUGCCCUUCUUAGACCAGGGUGGUUUGAUCGACUCCUAUAUGUUGGACCCCCUAGUGAAACAGAUCGUGUUGACGUAUUUCAUGUUCAUUUGCGUAAAAUGCCUUGCGGUUUUGAUGUUGAUGUAAGCGAGCUGGCUCAUCUCACUGAAGGUUGUACUGGUGCUGACAUAUCUUCGAUCUGCAGGGAAGCAGCAAUUUCAGCAAUUGAAGAGAACCUAAAUUGUUCAGAAGUAAAGAUGGAGCACUAAAAGACUGCAAUUCUUCGUGUACACCCAUCAGAGAUUCAACCUUAUCAAGAAUUGUCGGACAAGUUUCAGCGGCUUGUACAUUCCAAGUCUCCAUCAGAGGCAUAUGUACAUCAACUUAAUAGACCAAAGGAGUUAUCAUCCUGAUUAUUGAUGAUUCAAGUGGUAAUAGUAAAAUGUAGAUCAAGAGAUGAACACGUUAUCUUGAAGCUACGCUAGCAUAAAGAUAGGUUUACUUGGUAAUUAGUUUGUUCGUAGCCAGGAAGUUGUUUUUAUUUAGUUUUGGACUAUCUUGUAGAAAAAAUGAUAAUGCCAGUUAGAAAGUUAUUUUUGUUUUAAAAUAUCGCUUUUAUUCCAGUUUGACUAGACUCUGCUAAUUAAUUUAAUGUAUAUCAUAGC